AAUAGCACGCAGCUGCUUAAGAACGCUUCUACAGAUACAAUAUAUCUUUCUUUCGCACCGUAUUAAAGAGAUCUGCUUAAGUGGCUAUGGAUCUGUUUAGCGAUAAAGCGCUGCUCCGGCUGCUCCCAAAAUCAUAUCAGCGCUCUUUUAGGAAAGACGAGAAUGCAUGGCGCUUCCUUGGGAACGUGUGCCACAUCAGCCAGUUCCUGUCAGUUAUUACGUUAAUCGGUGGUGUUCUUAUUAUGAUAAAAGUAAAGGAAUUUCACCGCAUCGCAUACGGUCUGGCAGAGCAGAGUGGAUAUCAAGGACGUCUGAAGGUUCCGUUCCUGGAUGACUGUACAAUAGUUGCGGGUAUCGUAAUGACGGCUGCGUUGAUCGCUAUUAUAUUCGGCAUGGCCGGUCUCUAUUACGACCAUCAUUCGAAGACGGAGCCAUCGAAACUGGUUACUUUACUACAAGCCGUCCUCAUCACCGCUGUAAUGGCGACGGAAGUUAUAGCGGCUGCAGUUCUUGUACAACUGCAGCAAAAGAAAAACCUGGUGGACGAUCUGUCAGGUUUGGCGAAGCAGUAUGCUGAUCUGCCAAACCAUCUAACCACUGACGGAUCAAUAAGCGUGUUAAGAGAUCCGGAUGGUGCUACAGCGGAUGCAAAUGUACUGCGGGCAACAGUUAUUCUCAAUGCCCUUCACAUGAUGAUGAGUUGCUGCGGAACAGACUCAGGAUACAAUAAUUUCCGGUCGUCAUUAUAUUUUAAGGAAGUAUUCCCUGUUUUCGUGCCGCCGGUGUACUGCUGCAAAUUUCAGGAUCCAGUCGCCCGGAUUCUGAAGGAUAAAAGCUGCUACUCCACAGCCGGUCGCUAUUCCAAAGAAUCGUCGAAUUUUAAUACGGGCUGCACAACACUCGUCGGCAACUACAUUGAUUACUGGCUGUGGCGGAUUGCUCUGGCCAUUGUGCUCACUGCGAUAAUAAAGCUUUGUGCAUAUCCUGCCGCACUGAUCUGGAAGCGUUGUCGCACAUAUUCGAAGCUGUAUGGGCUGUGGCUAGAUGCUAAUGCCGUAUGCAGUGAGGCCAUCGAACGGAUCCAUGCAUGUAGUUCAGGAUCCACACCUUAUAUAUCAGUGGAGCCGACGUCCCCGCCCAUUUCCAGAAGAAACAGUACAGCAAACUGUCCGGAUUUUCUGUCUAAAUUGGAUGAUUAUCGAGAGAUUAUCCUGAGACGGUUGCCUAAGAUCACCCAUUAUUUGCACGCCAAACAGCCGGCAAAGCUAAUCCGGGAAUAUGGCCAACUGCCGGAGGAAAUCCUGGAGAUGAUGGACAUUUACAGGAAGACGGAUCAGGGGAUGUCGAAACCGGUGUGCAUGAAUCCCGAUGCGGCGGACACUGCCCACCCUCAGAAAGACAUCGUGGACGAUCUGUGCGAAGUGUGCGACGACAUCAGCAAUGCUUCAACACCUAUCUCGCAGGACAGAUACAUUGAUGCCGUUCAGAGAGGCGCGAUGAUAUUGUACGCAUACUGCCGCAACGGCGCCAAGGAAGCGACAUCCUUCAGAGCCAGCCGAUAUUUUGCAGCGUGGGCCGAGGACGUGGCACGACUCGCAGGCACGCUGCUGCACAACACGACCCCCGACUCGUGGGACAGCGGACGGACAACGGCUGCCGGGAAGUUGAAAGCCGUCGCUAAGCAGGUCUUAUUCACGUGUCAGAUGUCGCGCGAAGGAAGCGACGCGCGGCUGGAUGCACAAGAGAACGUCACACCGCUUCUACAGUCCGUGGAGAACUUCCUGAUGGAAGCGAAACUGCUCACUGUCCACGACAACCACCAGGCAGCAUACGACCCCCACUGGAAAGGUCUGGCUGCGUAUGCGCUGGAGAUACGCAAUAAUUUAGCGAAACUCAGUCAGCAUCUGGGCGAGCAUGUGCCCGGCGUAGUUGACUGCGGCGAGAUACUCCACGACACGGAAACAGCCCGCCAGCAUCUCACCGACGUGCUGCAGCAAGGACCCCUGGCAGAGUUCUGUACUGGAUUUCUGGACGUACAACAGAUGUCAGCGAUUUUGGACAAAAUGGUUAUUGCUGCUUUUGCAUCCACCAGCGAGGGCCUGUACUGCUUUGGGCAGUUGAUUAUCCAGCUGGACAGUCGUCGACGUUUUUUGCAUUUAGAAACCGCUGCUUUAGCCGCAGCUGUCGGUGACGGAAGUGACCAAGUCAGAUUAUUCGGCCACCUUGACGCCAUUUUCAAGGAUUUGAUUGCUCUUCUCACUAUUUGCCGGUCUCAUCUGGAGAAACGCAGCACCGACGACUCUUCCAUAGCAAAACAACUAGAAAUUCACAAAUACGUAGCAGCAACGCAAUCUAAAUUGGCAGCUUUCGACAACUACGGCGAGCAGUUGGUGACACGGUUACGCAUGUAUGAUCCUGAUUUGAUGAAAGAGCUGGCUACUUCACAGCUUACGUUAGUGGAGGUUCAUCCGGAUACAAGUUCAGCUCAUCCAGCAUCUAGAGUGUACCCAACUGUACCGACAGCGCUCAGAACUCCUCAGGAUAGUGCGCUGAUGGCAGGCGGCAGUUCUUCGAGUGCUGAAGCAAUUUACUUGCUUGCACCGGGAUACGACUCAAUUGUUUCAGCUGACACCGAUGAACGGCCGAUUCAAAUGCACCAGCUUGCGGACCAUGAGGAGCCGGAAAACAGCAAACCCAAAAGAACAGCAGCAUCAACAACAGAGCUACCUUUUUCAUCAGACCUUUUUUCACCGUAACAAAACGAUUUGUAACCAGUGGAGCCUUGUGGUUACUUGCGAUUCUGUCUGCUGAUUAUUACGCUAAGUAGCGGAUAACGAGCGAGAUAUUCUGUGAUGAGCAAAUUAGAUGUUAUUUUUUUAUAGCAGAUAUCGACGAAAGCGAAGCGAAGAAUCAUCUGCAAACAUGCAGAAGAACCAAGGUUCUAGCACUGAAAAAAAGGACAGCGCAUUUUAAAUUGAAGUUGCAUGGUACCGCUUUUUGGAGUCGGAACUAAUCGAUCAGUUAACGCUCCGACGAUUGUGUUUAUAAUUGGAUAUACGCAAGAUAAACACGCUAGGCGAUACGCAGCGAAUCAGUGCCCAUAAUUUUAUACUAAAUUACUACAGUAGAAGCUGAGCACGGAUGAAUAUUGGCUUACCACAGCAUUGCGACUUUUAGAAACAAUUUUACUGGAAAAAAAUACCGCAUCGAUUAAGUGCAUUUUGCUUCAUUAUAGAUAUCUGCUUGGAUUCUGUUUCGACAUUUGUUCUCAUUAUAGUCAAACUGUCAACUAACAGUACUUACGCUAGUGACGCCGAAAAAAUGUUUACCCCUGAUAACUGGCCCCCAAACAUCGGGGUGCGUGAGUGGGCAUUA